CUCGGGCCCAAGCGACCCCUUCAUCCUGCUGGGGCUCCGCUCCCCUCCCGUCUCGCCCCCUCCCCUUGCCUCUGCAGAAUCCAGGGCCGCUCCUAACACCUUUCUGUGACCCCCCCCACGCCCCCGCCCCGAGCUCGGAGUCCCUUAGCUGAAUCCUCGUUUUGUUUUCCCUGCUCCCUCGCUUCCUCUCCGCUGAUUGAUGGGCCAAGUCUGCAGCCCGUGCCAGAGCCAGAAGAAUAAAUAGAUGCCGCCUCGCCCGAGCGCUUAGACGCCGCCGUGGAAGAGCAGCCUGAGCGUGGACCCGGCCCGGGGACCUGGAUCCAGAGAAGCCGUGAGGUUGCCGGGGAGGAGAAUUCCCGGCCACCGCGUCCACCUCCAGUGGGCAGCAGUUCACCGCCUCUCGGCUGCGCCCGGCCCCAGGGUCUGCGGGAUCAUGGUCUGCGGCCGCCCGAGGGGGUUGCUGCCGCUGCGGCUGCUGCGGGCCGGGCUGCUCGCCCUGGCUGCGCUCUGCCUACUCCAGGUGCCCGGAGCCCGGGCGGCAGCCUGUGAGCCGGUCCGCAUCCCCCUAUGCAAGUCUUUGCCCUGGAACAUGACCAAGAUGCCCAACCACCUGCACCACAGCACCCAGGCCAACGCCAUCCUGGCCAUCGAGCAAUUCGAAGGCCUGCUGGGCACCCACUGCAGCCCCGAUCUGCUCUUCUUCCUCUGCGCCAUGUACGCACCCAUCUGCACCAUUGACUUCCAGCACGAGCCCAUCAAGCCCUGCAAGUCCGUGUGCGAGCGCGCCCGGCAGGGCUGCGAGCCCAUCCUCAUCAAGUACCGCCACGCGUGGCCCGAGAGCCUGGCCUGCGACGAGCUGCCCGUGUACGACCGGGGCGUGUGCAUCUCUCCCGAGGCCAUCGUCACGGCGGACGGAACCGAUUUUCCUAUGGAUUCCAGCAAUGGGAACUGUAGAGGGGCAAGCAGUGAACGCUGCAAAUGUAAACCUAUCAGAGCUACACAGAAGACCUAUUUCCGGAACAAUUACAACUAUGUCAUCCGGGCUAAAGUUAAAGAGGUGAGGACUAAGUGCCAUGAUGUGACUGCAGUCGUGGAGGUGAAGGAAAUCCUAAAGGCAUCUCUGGUGAACAUUCCGAGGGACACCGUCAACCUUUACGCCAGCUCUGGCUGUCUCUGCCCCCCACUUAAUGUUAAUGAGGAGUAUAUCAUCAUGGGCUAUGAAGAUGAAGAGCGCUCCAGGUUACUCCUGGUAGAAGGCUCUAUAGCUGAGAAAUGGAAGGAUCGCCUUGGUAAAAAAGUUAAGCGCUGGGAUUUGAAGCUCCGUCACCUCGGACUGAGUAAAGCUGAUUCCAGCAUCAGUGACACCACCCAGAGUCAGAAGUCUGGCAGGAACUCAAAUCCCCGGCAAGCAGCGCGUAACUAAGUCCCACAAUGCAGAAGGCAGCGUCAGAGUGACCUCCUGCUAAGACCUGCAUUGCUGGACUAGCAAAGGAAAAUUGCACUAUUGCACGUCACAUUCUAUUGUUUACUACAGAUAUUGUGUGGUAACUGGCAUUACUGCUAUUUUCUCCUUUGUUUUCUGUUUUUCUCCCCUUACUUUUUAAAGGCUUGGAGUCCGAUUCUUAAAUGUAUUAUGUCUUCUAUGUUACUAAUCAUAGGAAAACUGUCCUUGCCAUAAUAAUAAUAAUAAUAAUAAAUUAAACGUGUUGAAACUAGGGUCUCCUUGCUGGAGUCCACAGAUAGUAAAUUCAUGUUCUUCACCCUAAUGCAAUAUUGGAUCUAAGAAGAGAUGUCUGGAAACAUAUAGAGAACUAGAUAUACCAGAAAACAGGCUGCUGAUCUACUUGCAGUUCUUGAUUUUGUAUGCCUUCUGGGCAUUCUCCUCGUGCUCAGAAAGCUCUAAAUGUUUAUAAAGGUAAAAUGGCAGUUUGAAAUCAAAUACUGCACAGGCAGAGUAAUCAAGCCCCAGGAAGCAUUUAUGAGGAAAUGAUACACAGCAUGAAUUAUUUUCAAGAUUGGCAGGAAGCAAAAUAAAUAGUGUUAGGAGCUAAGGAAGGGACAUUUUGCCCCAUUGAGAGGCACAUUGGAAACCAGGAGCCCUUCGGGCUUUUAACAGUAGCAUUCUUCCAUUGACCAUGUGUUUGAUUAGUUUAUGAAUCUAUUAAUUGACAUUAGGGAAGUGACUUAUAACCAGACCUGUUGUUAUCACCACAGUUCUGCUUCCUUCUAAAACCCAUUGGUGUAUCUCUUCCUCUGUCUCUCUCCCCUUUCAUGAUAAAUUGGAUUUCCCGUGUUGACCAGGAGAAGAAAGUAUGUGUGCAUGUUACUUUAAAAAGCUAUGCAGCUCUAUAAAAUGCAUAGUUUGUAGAGAGCAGUGAAAUGUUCAAAUUUCUUUUUUAUUUUUGGGUUUUGGGGUGUGUGUGUGCGCACGCGCGUGUGUGUGUGUGUGUGUGUGUGUGUGUGUGUGUGUGUGUUUGUAUUUGUGUAUGUGUAGGUUUCUGUGCUCACAUAUACAAGUUGAACUAAAUUGAGAUAUCUCAUUGGCCUAAACAUUAUCAUUUGGAUUUGUGCUCAAAAUGUCUAAUAAAAGGAAUUAUGGUUGUCAUGAGAGACACUGUUUUGACUUUUGAAACAAAAAACAUCCUCAUUACCGAGCUGCAGCGAGCUUCCAAGGGACCAUGGGAAACAAAUGCUAUCUUUUCUUCUUUCUGCCGGCAGGGUUCCUUAGAGCCUAUGUCAAUCACUUGAAAGUCUCAUUUCUUGAGAUUUACAUGUGUGAUACUAGCAGAACCAAAUUUCUAAGCUCUGGUGUGCUGAAAAUAAAAACACGUAUGAUGCAAA